AUGGCUUCAGGCUUAGUCUCGCGAUGGAAACGAGACUCGUCUCUCUACACUUUCAUAUACACCAAUUUCGUGGUUGGCCUUGCCUUUUCGAUUUUCAGCACCUACGUACUGUACCAACUCCAAAUUACCGGUUAUUUCAUUGGAACAGAUGUUGACGGACUGCCAUGCAUGACCUAUUGCAUCGUGCCGUUCGGCAGCCAGCAGCUAGACCUGAAUACCGUACUUCUGUACAUGAAUGCAAUGACCUUUGGCAUCGGUGGAGCCGUCACCAUCUUGAUCAUUGCCUAUGCCGAUUUUUGGAAUCAGAAGACUCUUCUUGUGUCCGGUGCUAUUGUCUUGUACGGCGUAUUGGCAAUACCUAGUUACUGGCUGACAGACCCCACAAUCACAAAUUUUAACGCUCUGUUCGCUCUUUACGUUGUCUUUGGCGUGGUCACAUCGAUACUUAUCGCCCUGCUCAAUAUUUACAUUCCGCAUUGCAUGCGUGCUGCGGGCCAUGAUCUAGCUGCCAACCAAUUGGACGAACCGUCGAAACCGAGUCACGCAUAUGAGUCUCCAAAGGAAGGAAAGGCUCGAAAGUACGGAUUCGCCAUGACGAUAUUCGGCAUGCUAGCAAAUAACAUAUCUGCCGCCUUGAUCUUGGCGAUCGUAGCCAUCCUGUCUGGCACUCUUGUGGGCGCGUCUCAGCAGUCUGCCGGUCUUCUGGUAACAACAGUGGUGGGGUUUGUCACUGUGGUUGCUGCCGUUGGGUCGUUUCUCGGCUUGCCUGCACUCUCAGCAAAGCCUUGGCCCACAAAUAGCCCCUGGACAACAGCAAUAGUUGGCAUUCUCACUCCUUUCAAGCAGCUUUUACGUCGAAAGAAUAUGCUCUUCCUGUUGCUGGCUUAUACAAUCUAUUCCGAUACCAAUUUCGCACUCUCGUCGAUUAUCAGUCAACUUUAUUUCGCGGAGGUCCACCCUGACACCCUCGAGUUCUCUCUGUACAUCUUGGCUAGCAACCUUUUCACUGUUAUCUGCACGUUGGCUUUCUAUCUGGUCCACCGCAAACUCCAAUUUAAACUCGAAAAGGGCCUGAUUUUGGGCUACGGGUUGAUCCUUAUUGUGCCUAUUUGGGGCUGCGUCGGUAUUGCAGAUCAAGACAAGUUCGGCGACAAGCACCGGUGGGAGUUUUACGUCCAAGCCUUAAUCACAAGCGCUUCGGGUUCUUUGGUAAACCCGACAUUUCGUCUGUUAUAUUCUGAGUUGAUUCCAGCUGGCGAAGAGGUCAUGUGGUUUGGCUUGCAAAUCGUUCUGAACUGCGCAACCACUUGGGUGACAUAUGUCGCAACUGGUCCACUGCAAAAUGCUACACAUAAUCUGCGAUUCCCGCUAAUCUUAUGUGUGGUCUUCCUCGCGGUACCGCCAGCGAUGGAAAUUUUGCGUCGUACUCUAGGGAUCUCAAAACGUGACGAUCUCCAAUGGCAAGACAGAAACUCCCAUGAUCAAGAUAAUGCGAACUCACUGGGCGACACCAAGUUUACAAGGGCGAGCACCACUGUUGAGGGCCAAUAG